AUGAAUGCCACCAAGCAUAUGAAGCCGUCUGCGGCUGGGCGUGGCUCUCUUGGCAUCGAACGAUUCGAACGACUCGACGAAUCGAACGAAUCCAAGGGGGCCAGCCUCGACCAGCGACAUGGGUCGUCGCAACGGAAUCCGAAAAACCACUUCCGCAAAAUGGGUGCACGCAUUUUCCGCCAAACGCAGCCUCGGUGCGCCUCCUCGUCGUCGUCCACCUCGGCACGCCAGUCCGCCUCCGCCUCGCUUGUCUGCCUUGGCCCUCUCUCCGACACCACCGGCCCCCCUCGCCCCCGCAUCACAUCGCCACCUCCUCCCCCUCUUCCUCCCUCUACCACCUCACUCCGUCCUCGUUUCGGGACGCUUGCAUCCACCAACGCGGUCGGUAGCUUCUACACACGCUCGCCCUCUCGCCUCGCCUCACCACACCUCCCCGCUCGCCCGCUCGCCCGCUCGCCCGCUCUCCCGCCUCCACCACGGGCCUCUCGACGUGCAUCUGGCAUCUUUGUCGUCGUCGCCGUCUCCACCAUCACCUACAUCGCUGCCACCAUCUCUGUGGUCGUAGAGCCGGCUCGCAUCGUCCUCCACACCCUUCGCUAG